AGGGUGGGGGUUACGCCGGCGGUGGGGGUGCCAACGCUUUGUAUGCGUUGUCCAACAUUGGGCAAAUAAACAUGGACCAGCUGAACAUCCAGCAUCUGGCGUCGCUGUUGACUGCCAGUGAAGAAGAUGAGGAUUCGGGCUAUGUCAAACGCUCGGGCGGCGCACCGGACACGCAGGCCGCCUCCAGGAUGGUCGUGAAGUCAGGUGCUGACAUGCAGGCGGCAGCGCCGGCGGCUGCACGGGCCGGGCCCACGCCCAUCUGGGACGACGACGAGGUGCACGAGGGCGCCGAGCUGGACGACGUUGACGACCCCCGGCCGCGCCCCGAGUACACCAUGACGUUCCGGCAGCAGGUCACGGCCGAGGACAUGUUCCUGCAGGUGGGCAACAAGACGCCGGCCACGGCCAGCUGCGAGCAGCUGGUAGUGCGUGUGCAGCUGCCGGGUGAGACGCGCGCCUCCACUGUGCUGGACGUGCGCCAGCGGCACGUGGACGUGCGCGCCGAGCGCUGGCGGCUCAGCCUCUUCCUGCCGCACCCCGUGCGCGACAAACAGGCGCGCGCCCACUGGGACGCCGACAGCGAGACGCUGGAGCUGGUGCUGCCCGUCAGCAGGGAGCUGGAUGCGCUCAACUUCUGAGGCGCCAGCUGCCCUCCGAGGGACGUGCUGACGUCAGCGACGGAGCGCUGCAUGAAGCAGCUUAGUCCGGCACCGAGUCUUGGGCUUGCAUGCGUUCGUUCAUUCCAUCGUGCCUCGUGCUGUCGUCAAUGCGAUUGUCGGGCACGCAAGUUUAUAUGCUUCCAUCGCAAGUAGCACAGUGGUUUGUGUCGUCCACCUGCCAUUGGCGUGAAAUGAUCAUGUGUUGGUUGGGGGUGAAGCAGUGUUGGCCAAGUUAGACUUGAAUUUGAGCGUGUUCGAGGUUAGACAGAAAGAGCGAGUCGAAUUUCUGAACUAGUCACCUGUGAAUGAACAUUUGUCGCCGUCGUAUUGUCAUGCUUGAGAGUCGUUAUUGCGUUCAUGCGCCGGUUCGUCCUGCUCCCAGCGCAAGCGCGAACAGCGAAGCCACUGGCGACACCUGCGUGCUCAUGCCAUUCGUG